UCGCGCCACCUAGUGUGUUGUUUGCUCGCUUUGUGGGGAGUUUUGUUUUCAGCAGCGUGCAAGUGUUUUUAUAAGUAAUUGAGUAAUUAUCAACGAUGCACAAUUGCGUGUACCUGGAAUCGAAUCUGUGAACGUCUCUCAUGUGAGCGAAGCAGCUAAAUAAUGUGGUGUGCCUGUGAUCAACAUCCACCGAGGUUGCACCGAUCGAGACUGUAAUGCAAGAUGAGUUCUGAAGACCAGGCUCGCCUCAAAGGUUCUGUCAUUUCAGGCAAAAAAAGGGUAGCCCCAACAGCGAGUGGUCCUGAUGUCAAGAAGCCAAAGCCUGCAAAGGAGGGUGGGGACCGCUUCUGCUGGAUCUGCCACCGGGAACCGUCAACACUGUGGUGCGACACAUGCCCACGUAGCUACCAUGCUUCCUGCGUCAACCUCAAGGUCAAGAGCCUCACCGAGUGGGUCUGCCCCGAGUGUGUGCGUGUCAUGGCCGCCGAGAAUGUGGACACGCGCUCUCCCUCCCUCUCACUACUCACAGUGGAUGAGUUCUGCAGUCUCCUUCAGUUUGCCAUACAGAGGCUCAAGCAGCACACACAUGAAGCUUUCUUAAAGCCUGUCUGCACGAAGACGUACACCUCAUACACGGACUAUGUUAGUCACCCUUUCGACCUCAGUAUACUUGAAAAGAAUGUGAGGUGGAAGCACUAUGGCUGUACUGAAGCAUUUCUCAGUGACGCCCGAUGGAUUUAUCACAACUGUAUUAUAUUUAAUGGAUAUAACCAUAAACUUUCCAUGAGUGCCAAGGUGUUGAUGAAGGUGUGCAAGCAGGAGAUGGAAGACAUUGAGGUGUGCCCGGACUGCUACAAGAAUGCUAAUACUCAAGAGUCAUGGUUCACUGAACCCUGUAGAAGACCCCAUCUUCUGGUUUGGGCAAAGUUGAAAGGAUUUCCAUAUUGGCCUGCAAAGGCAAUGCGUCUUCAAGAUGGCAACAUUGAUGCCAGGUUUUUCGGUGCUCAUGAUAGGGCGUGGGUCCCCAUGGCCCAGUGCUUUCUGCUCUCUAAGGAGUCCCCGACGGACAUCAAGAAUCGCAAGAAGGGCCUCCACACUGCUGUUGAGGAGCUGGAAAUCUACAUCCGGAACUACCGCGAGAAGUUUGGCGAGUAUCGCUACAGCGCGCUCCGGACUACACUGACGGCUGAAGAUUUUCAGUGCUCCCAGGCAUCGCCCCCACCAGUGAAACACCAGCAGCAACAAGAUCAACAGAAGGAGAAGGACAGUGAAUUAUCAAGCAAGUCUCCCAAAACAGACGACAGUGAGCUUAGUUCAGCUCCAUCAUUGGAUCCGCUCGAGAAGGACACGCAGAGCGACACAACCAGCUCGUUGAAAGACAAGUCCAUUGCCGGUUCCACAAGGGACUUGCAGAGUGACACGCCAACUUCGUCGAAAUACAAGUCUGUAACCAGUUCGGCGAGUUCAACUCCCACGAGAGCGCAACCAAAAAAGGAAACAGAGCUCAUCACGCUGCUGCCUUCUCCCAAAAAGGAGACGUGUCUGGUGAAAGAAGAGAAGGGGGCACUACCGCCGCUUCCUGAUGGUGCACCGCAGGGGAUCUUUGAGGUCAGUUCCGAACUGCCAGGAGAACUGCAGAUGAAAGUCUCCAAAGAGGACAUGGAACACCUUCCAAAGAUAAUGAACCGCAAGUUCGAAAGCCUGGUCAGUGCAUUGAAGAAGAUUGAACGCUCUAUCAGCAGUGACAGCAAUUCUACGCCGGAUGCCGAAGAUGAGAACAGCGGUGGCCACCGAACCGUGGCUUCAGCAACCAGCAGCGUCCCAAAGAGUGGUCAGAGCCCAUCGUCGUGCGAGGUCUCGAGCACGACCAUAACGACAGACCAGGGUGAAGUGCCGUCCAGCCAGUUUGCCGCGAAAGAGCCGCCCUCUACCGAAGAGCAGCCUUUAGCUCCAGCUGAUGAUUUCCAAGAGAAGCUUAAAAAGACAAUCCUCUCCUGCAAGGAGAAGGUGGGAGGCACUACCACCCUUCUAGAGGAGCCUCCCGAAGAGGAAGAGGAGAUGGAGGAAGAAGAGGAGGAGGCAGAUGACGAGGAAGAUGAAGAAGAGGAAGGAGGAGCAGAGGAAGACGCGGUGGAAGAUGAGGCCGUGGAUACCAGGCAACCCAAGGAGAAGAGGGCUGGUGGUAUUUCACCAAAACAACAGCAGCAGGCAGCGAAAGAUGUGCCUGUACCUGAAGACAAACAGUCGCCACCGGAGCCUCCAGAAGCCACCGCUGCAGGGGAGGAAAAAUCAGACGUGGCGGAGGACCUGGAAAAACCUGCUCCAUCUGCAGACACGGUAGAAGAUGAAGAGCAGCUUUCCAAAGUGUCAAAACCACCAGGCCGUGCUAAAAUGAAAUUCACGACCAAACGAAGUGAGCUCGACCCUCCGUCAUCACAGCCCCCUUCCAGUGGAACCAGCACACCAACUCCUGUCCAACCUGACAACCUGGACGAAAUGCGAAGGCCAUGUUCCACUGAACCAAAAGGAGAUGAAAGUGCUCUCUUAAAAAGGCAGCACGAAAUAAAUCGGCAGCUCAAGGAACAGCUGGAGCAAGCGAGCGUUUUGGUGGCAGCGCUGAAACAUCAGCUGGACGACAGCAAGAAAGGGCGGGCUGAUGCGCUUGAGGAAGAGUCAUGUACAGAAAAGACGUCUGAAAUUGUACAGAAAGCUGCAGAAAGCAUUGACCGCAUCAGGCAAGAAUGCAAGGAAGAGAUGCUGGAGUACCACCAUAUCCUUGCGUUGACCCUAAAGGAAAUGAGAAUAUGCAUAGACCUCGAACAUAAGAAAACAAAAGCGUCCCUUACUGAGAAGCAUGCGGUAGACAUGGCUGCUGCUAUAUCAGAAACGAAAAGAAAACAAUGGUGUGCCAACUGCUGGAAAGAAGCAGCGUUGUACUGUUGUUGGAACACCUGCUACUGCGACUACCCCUGCCAGCAAGCUCACUGGCCAAAGCACAUAGCAAGCUGCACCCAAGCAAAUAAUACAAGCCAGCAAAAUGCAGGAGUUAUAUUGAACAAUGGCCCCACCAUCACCGAGCUCUCUCUGUCUGCAGGCAAAGGAGCCACUUCUAUGUUGGUGUCUACUGGUGGCUUCCCAGCCUCUACACAUACUAUGGGAGGCCUUCCGUUUGACCCUGUUGAAUAAAUGUUUUGCUUUUU